AUGUCACCAUCAAGGUCAAGUUUCAGGUAUCAGGUUUUAAGUGGUCUUCGAUCAGAAGAUGAUAAGGAGACACUAUCCUCCGCCUAUCGCUGGGUUGGGUGGGUGGGUGUGAUGUUGCUAGCUACCAUCGCUUUACUGGUUAGCUAUUGGGCUGGAAGGCGAGUGUCGACAUUUAUCUCGUGCUCAAAGGAGAACUAUGGUCUUCUCGGUAUCGUGUAUCAUAUCCGCUUGCUAUCUCUCUUGCUAAGUAUUUCUUCUGCUGCAGCACCUCCUGGAACAAUUCAUCAGGUUUGGGAGCACCAACCCAUCUUCUCCCAAGAUCUGACACCUGAGUCCGAAGCUGCUUGGAGCUCAGUCAUACCUAUUGGUCGGGGAUUCGUCUAUCAUCCUCAAGUAACCCCUGUCGUGGCUAACAUUGCAGUUUUUCACCAACUUCACUGCCUGCAUACACUUCGCGUUGGGUAUUAUACGAAGUUGUAUCAGCUCAACGUACUUAAUGGGAUAAACACGUCGAAAUCCUUCGAUGAGCAUAUGGCCAUAACCCCUGAAGAUGUUCAUAUGCGACACUGCUUUGACUAUCUCCGCCAGGCGCUGAUGUGCGCGGCCGACACCAAUCUUGAAAAGGUCAGCCCAGAGACGCACAUCACAACCGGUUGGGGAUCGGACAAAGUGUGCCGUGAUUACUGGCGGAUUUUUGCCUGGGCAGAGCAGUGGGCUAAUUCCUCUGACACGGGGAUCAUUUAGAGAUAUCAAGUAUGGUGAACCCUUCGCAUUUA